CGCCUCUGAACAAAAUGUCAGAAACGAUUCAAAAGCCACAUGAUGACUCUGAGUCUGAAUCGGAGGAAGAAGAGGAGAUUCAGACCGUCCAUAUCGAUCCGACAAAACUGACGCCCUUGUCGCCUGAGGUCAUUUCUAAGCAGGCUACGAUUAACCUAGGCACUAUCGGGCAUGUUGCCCACGGGAAGUCUACUGUAGUGAAGGCUAUCUCGGGGGUGAUGACUGUUCGAUUCAAAAAUGAGCUUGUGCGGAAUAUCACGAUCAAGCUUGGGUACGCAAACGCGAAAAUCUACAAAUGCGAAAACGAAGCCUGUCCGCGACCGGGUUGUUACAAAUCCUACUCUUCCAAUAAAGAAGAUAACCCACCCUGCGAACGGCCAGGAUGUGGUCACCGAAUGAAACUUCUACGCCACGUCUCCUUCGUCGACUGUCCCGGACACGACAUUCUCAUGGCUACAAUGCUAAACGGUGCAGCAGUCAUGGACGCUGCACUCCUCCUAAUAGCCGGUAAUGAAACCUGUCCACAACCCCAAACGUCAGAACAUCUCGCAGCCGUAGAGAUCAUGAAACUCCAAAACAUCAUAAUCCUACAAAACAAAGUCGACCUUAUCAAGGAAGCGACUGCUUUGGAGCACCAAAAAAGUAUAGCAGCGUUUGUAAAAGGCACCGUAGCAGAAUCCUCACCCAUCGUCCCCAUCUCCGCUCAACUCAAAUACAACAUCGACGCCGUAAACGAAUACAUCGUCAAACGUAUCCCUAUCCCCGUCCGUGACUUCACCACCACCCCAAAACUAAUCGUCAUCCGUUCAUUCGACGUCAACAGACCCGGCGCAGAAGUCGACGAGCUCAAAGGUGGUGUAGCAGGCGGCUCAAUCCUAACAGGUGUCCUCACGCUCGGCAUGCGCGUGGAAAUUCGUCCAGGGAUCGUUACGAAAGACGCACAAGGCAGGAGUCGAUGCAAGCCGAUUUUCAGUCGAAUCGUAUCGCUGCAUGCGGAGAAUAAUCAACUUCAAUUCGCUGUACCCGGUGGGCUUAUUGGUGUCGGUACGAUGAUUGACCCGACGCUUUGUCGUGCGGAUAGGCUUGUGGGUCAAGUACUCGGCGCACCUGGAAAACUUCCGCAGAUCUUCACUGAACUGGAGAUCAGCCUCUUCCUCCUCCGCCGUCUCCUAGGUGUCAAGUCCGAAGACAAAAAGACUACCAAAGUAACAAAGCUCGUGAAAAACGAGUUACUACUCAUCAACAUCGGCUCAACGUCAACUGGCGGGCGCGUCGUCAGCGUCAAAGCAGACCUCGCAAAAAUUCAGCUUACUGCACCCGCUUGUACAGAAGUCGGUGAGAAAGUUGCAUUAUCACGUCGCAUUGAGAAGCAUUGGCGACUAGUUGGCUGGGGUAGUGUUCAGAGAGGAACGGUGCUUGAAGUGGAUUAGCCAGAUGAGAGGUGUUUCAUGUGAUUGUGUAGGAAUUUGGAGGUAGCAGAAUGUUUGUUAUAGCAACUGUAUUGUUGUUAAUUGAUUGGAUGAAGUGGUACUCGGC